AUGCCAUUCCUUGAUCUGCCACAUGAAAUCCUUCAGCAGAUUAUCUCAUAUCUGCUUUCCAACGGCGAUGUAGCCGCUCUUUCAAUCCAAUGCCGCAAACUCCACGUUAUGUGCGACAUGCGAGUGCGCCAGAAAUAUGAACAUAUUAUUGUGUACUGCGAAGAAGGACAUAUUGACAAUGUCUUUGAAUUGCUCAUGAACAUUCUGAAAUCUCCUAUUUUGGGCCAGUACGUGCGGCGUAUCGAAUGUUCGGUACCAGAAACCACGGAUGUGGUUUACAAAGAGGUCAAAUACCAACGAGACCUGAGCAACGAGGAGAUGGAUCUCGUGCGGAAAACAGUCAGAAAGGCCGGAUUUAUUGGACCAAAAGAGGAGCAAAUCGUCAAUAUGCUCAUGCAGAGGAUUACGAAGGAGGGACCUUUGACUAUCAUGUUGAUUGUGGUAUCACCGAACCUCACGUCGAUAGCCUUUCCAUCUUUCACUUACCAUGACUGGAAGUUCCCGCUUGCGCAGUUUCUCACCGAGGCCAACGCUAGUCCCGAGAACAAGCCAUAUCUCCGCCUUCUCCGCGAUAUUGAUCUGAUCUACCAAAAAAGGUGGUACUGGUGGAAUGGCCAGUGGUUUUUCAUGCAAAUGGACUUGUUCGACUCUUUGAGUUACCUGGAUAACCUCUUGUCCAUUGAAUCUGUCAACGCUGAUAUCGUGGAUGACGAUACAUUCACCGAGCAUGAUUUCAGAGUUGGAUACUCUAAUAUCAGCAGAAUGGCCAUUGAUUAUUCGGACCUUGAAUCUCUAUCGCUUGCGGUCCUGAUAUCUUCGUUCAAGGUUCUCAGGGAAUUCAUAUAUUAUGCUGGCAGACUAAGUUGUGACACACCGUUCAAUCCCAAGACAUUUUUCAAAGCGAUGUGCCGGCACAAAGACACACUUGAAAUCCUGGACGUUGACGUCGCAUGCCAAUUUAAUCUACUUAACAUCAGAUACGCGCAUGACAGGGAAUACGCCAUGGACGUAAGUGAAAGGGAUUAUGGCCACUAUCCAAACAAGGAACGUGACAAAUUUCUUUCGCUAGUACAAAGCCACAAAGACACCCUGAAAGACUUUGUGGCCUUGAAAAGGUUAAGCAUGGGAAUAGAUAUGCUCUUGUACUUCGCCAAGGGCAAUACCUCCUACUACCGGUGGCAACCUCCUGGGGGGCCUAAGAAAAUACACUUGAUACAUUGUUUGCCAGAUUCGCUUGAAUAUUUGUGCGUGCGGGGAUACUGCAAGGGCGAGAACAGAGAACACGAUGUACAUAUGGAUGGGUUGUUAGCCCUUUUCAAGUCUGGGUCAUCUUCACUGAAGGAGGUCAAGGGAAUUGAAGAAACCAUUCCAUUUGUCUGCAGGGGAGAUGAAGUCCAACACGACCCCCGGGUGUGGGCCUUGGGCCCUGGAAGCGAUAGUGAAAGUGAGAGUGGGGUUCAGAGCGGAUUUGAGAGUGAGAUUGUGAGCGGGGCUGAGAGUGAGGUUGAGAGUGAGGUUGAGAGUGAGGUUGAGAGUGCGAGUGAGAGUGACUAG